GUCAAAUCAAGACAUUUUCAGAUAUGAAUUGAGUUCAGCCACACUAUGUCUGAUAACGUUCAUGCUUCAAGUAACGAAGACGAUUCCAUCGUGAUGAUGCAUGAUAUAGAACGAAUCUUCAGUGAUAUUAUGUUAUCUCGAAGAUUUACAGGUUGGGAAAAUUUCGAGACCUGUUUGGAAGAAGUACAUAAGUAUACGCAUACAAAGUAUGUUAUGUCAGUAUGCAAAAAGAACAGUGAUGAUCCAACUCUAAAGUACUUUUUCGGGAGAUGUGUCUGUACAUAUGGACGUAAACGCAGUUCGUCAGAGUCAGAUGCUUGCAUUCAGGAUGUAGAUGAUGAUAGUAAUCAUCAUUCUUCUGAAGAGCGUACAGCAUCUCAAUCGCCAACACAACCUAGACAAAGGAGAGGCUGCAAUUAAACGCAACUCAAUUUCGUAAAUGUGCUUUUCAGCUUAGCAAUCAAUCAGAAUGUGGCGGGAAUUAUUAUAUCAGCC